AUGUCUGAUCAGGAGAUUGAUGACUAUGAAGGGGACAACUUCUCUGACACUUCACACACCAUCCAAACUCUCCCACCUUACAACAUGGAGGACCAGCUCCUGCCCAUGGAGCGUCGCAGCACCUGUGGCUGUUGGGCGUGGACUUGCCUGGUGGGGGCAAUGAACUUUUUUGCUUUUCUACUGAACUUCCUUCUGAUGGCUGCCAUCUUUUUGGUGGUCCUUUUGCCCGCCAUCGUCGUGGUCUAUUUUGGAUUCCAGUGUCACUCCCGGGUGCUCCACUCGACCGCCUACUACUGCCAGACCAUCCUGGACGACAACAGCUCUUCGGCCUUGAUCAUCCUCGGCUUCGUCAUCAUGUCUCCCCUCAUCGUGGUCUCCAUGGCCCUCUACUGCAGCCUGGCCCGCCGCCUGCACCUCUUCCUCUGCUUCCAGCCGUGCGCCCGGGCUGUGUACAAAGGCGUGAAGUGGCGGUGGUACGAAGAAGGGGGGCUGUGCGGGUGCGUGAAGGAGUGGAACCACCACGUCAAGGCGUGGGUCUGA